AUGAGUCAAGAUCACUAUGCUGGAUCGUUUGAAGGAACUUGGGAAAAAUUGUCUCAGGUCGCUGUCAAGGGCGCUGAAUACGACUCCCGCGAACGUCGGCCCCACCCGAAAUGUUUAAAAGGGACCCGAGUGGACCUUCUCGACUACAUCCAGAGAGUACUAGACGACCAAGACAAGAGUCGACUGAUUUGGCUGCAUGGCACGGCAGGCGUCGGAAAGUCUGCUGUUGCUUUCACUGUAGCUGAAACGAUGAGAGGUCUAAAAGUGACAGAGGAGACGAAUAUUGAAAAGCGGCUCACGGGAACAUUCUUUUUCUCGCGAAAGCACACGAAACGCUGCACCACCGGUUAUUUCUUUGCAACGCUCGUCUACCAGCUUGCCAGCAAUUUUCCUAGCGUCCGGAAGGACGUCAACAGAACUAUCCGCGAUAAUCCUGCCCUUCUAGACCCUGACAAGUCACUUCGCGACCAGGUGGAAGCAUUGUUUAUCCAACCUCUCCGAAAGCUUCAUUUGAGACUGCGUGGGUGUCGACCUUUGGCAUUUGUUGUUGAUGCUCUUGACGAAUGCACGUCUGAAACCGAGAUUGGUGAUCUCAUCCUUUACCUUGCACGGGCUCUUCGUGAACCUGAUCUUCCUGUGACCCACAUCCUGCUUACGAGCCGCUCGGAACCGCAUAUCGUCAAAGCCUUUCAGAAUGACGAGGUGUGCCCGCUGGUGCGCGAGAUACCCGUGAAAAUUUCGGGGGAGGGCGUUGCUUCCAUCAUCUCAUUAGAUGGUACAGAUGUCGACAAGGACAUCUGCACUUUCCUGCAUCAUUCCUUCACAGAGCUACAAAUUCGCCAUCCUGAUUUCCCGCAGCCACCAAGGGAUGUGCUUGAGCGGCUGGCCAGCCGAGCAGGCAGACGUUUCAUCGUGGCAUCUACGAUGAUGAAGUUUAUUGACGACGGAGACAAUGACCCCUGCGAUCGGCUUCAAGUCAUGCUGAAUCUAGCGAGUGAAUUGCUUCCAGGAACAGAGGUGUACAAGUUGUACGACUCUAUCCUCUCCACAUGCGCCGACUCCGAGCGGGCGUACCUGCACUUAUCCAUCGUCGCUGCCCUCGCGGAUCCUCUCCCGAUUUCACAACUCUCAAAACUUCUUGGCCCUGGCCUCGGCAGGGACGUCGAGACAACACUGAUGCAGCUACGGUCUGUCAUGGAUAUCCCCACCGACAUCAGUCUCCCUGUGAAUAUUUAUCACUCGUCCGUUCGUGACUAUGUUUCCGACUCCUCACACUGCAGCAUUUCUCAAGUACGCGAUAUUCCAUCACCCCACUCCCUUCUCGCGCGCUCCUCUUUCCGCUUGAUGAUGAAAGAGAUUCCAGAACGUUCGGCCCUCCUGGAUGUGCUCUCAGGAUUGAAGAAGUGCAGCCAAUCUAUGAAGUCCCAAGACCCCCGGGGGUUGCAAGAAUCAUUAUCCUUCCUCGUUCAGCCACCAGAGCCACUACUCCGGACGGGUGUGCCUGGCUGCAGACCCAUAGAGGGACAGCCUGGCUUUGCACCCUGA